AUGGCCACCCACAGCCAAGCGGCAGACGCUCACGAAUCGCGGAAAUCGACAAUCAUCGCCAUCGUGAGUUCAGUUCUGACCGUGGCGUUUCUCCUUGUAUCGAUGCGAGUAUACACUCGUGCGGUUAUAUUAAGGAACUUUGGCAUCGAUGACUGGUCUUGUAUAUUCGCGUUUGUGAGUACCGCAUGCGUUCGAGAGGCUCCCAUGUUUUACUGGUCUAUCCUCAUCUACAAUAUCGCCCUAGCAGCCAUCAAAAUGACCUUCCUUCUUCAAUACUACCGUGCCAUGACUACCCACAAACUGAAGAAAGCCUACAUUGCCGCUCUCGUCGUUGUAGGCCUAUGGAGUCUCUCUCAGAUCUUCUUGCAGGCUUUUAUCUGUACGCCUGUCAGGGCGUUUUGGGAUAAAACCGUCAGCGGAUCGUGCGUUCCGUCACACCCAGCGUGGUAUAUCAACGCAGCUGGGAACAUCGCAACGGAUAUCCUCAUUUUGAUACUUCCGCUGCCUAUUAUCCUGAAACUGAAACUUGGCCGGCGCCAGAAAUACAUCCUCAUGUCUAUCUUGUGUCUGGGUUUUUUUACCUGUACCAUAUCCAUCAUUCGCAUUCGCUUUCUCAGCAUUGAAGGCGAUGGUACCUGGCAGAACGUCGACACGGCUGGGUGGUCGAUUGGCGAACUGUGCUCUGGGAUUGUUUGCGCCUGUCUCCCAACAAUCCGCCCACUCGUAUCUCGCUACUUACCAUCCCUUUUUACCCUCGAUCGAUCGUCGGUGGGACACCAGGAUUCCAGAAGCGAGCUGAGGAUGAACCAGCGUUACGGUUCACGCACCCACGAGCUUAGCAACUUUCCCCACCGGAGUCUCCAUUCAUCGGAAAGUAAGGAUGUGUUGUAUGGCUCACAGACAGGAGUGGUCAUAAGUACCAAAAUUAGCCAACGCACAGAACUAUCGAAAGACGGAGGCGAGCUCACAAUACAGCAUAUAACUGUCAAGGGAGCGGACAGCAACAGAGGGUAUAAUUCCCGCGAGAACGAGGGCCAAGAGUCACAACAUAGUAGAUCGAUUGAUCUCAACCAUAAGGAAGUUCCGCAGAUGGCGCACCGACCGGAGGCCAAAGAAUUUACUUAG